UCUUAAUGAAGGAUUAUGCUACUCUCGUGUCUUUUUCUUCGUAACCUUUACUUCAAUAUACUCUUAACCAAUUACAUCAUUUCAACAGCAGUAAAAAUGUUUCAACGACUUUGACAGCAAGUAUAUCAUACAUAAUUAUAAAAGACGUAUUUUUCUGGUGUGAUAUAGUUUGUUACAUUCUGUGUCGGUUCGUAUAUACGUGUCUGAAAUAUUAUAUGACUUUAACAACACUCAAAUUUGACACUGCAGCUGAACUCCCAACACACAGAGAGACACAUCUCUCUCUAACUCAAAAGAGGUGAAACGUCCUACCAAGAAGAAUCAGACAAGCGUAUAUACACAAGGAAACUUGGCGUUCAAGCAGCCUUUUUCUUAUAUGUAGACCCCACUCUUGACUCCUACAUUUCUUUUCUUUAUCACUUAUGCCCCUUCCCUUUGCUUCAUUCUCCAUCUCUUUCUCUCUAUCUACACCUCUAAUCACACCUCAAUCAUGCACAAAUAUAUUAACAACAGUUAUUAAUUUCGGAGCUGAAUCUCUCUGAUGUUGUAGGGAGGAUUGAAAGAAGAGAUAAAAGUUUGUUUUUAUGUUGAUAGAAUUGGAAAAUCUCAAAUAAAGAUAUCAUGACAUGGUGCAAUGACUCAAAUAAUCAAGAUAGAGGCAUUGAACUAAUCACAUCCAAUCAAAGUACUCUUAUCACUGAUGAAACAAAAUCAACCCAAAUUCGAACCUUAACUUGUCCCUCAUGUGGUCAUAACGUUGAAUUCCAAGAUCAGGGUGGAAUCAAUGAUUUGCCGGGAUUACCAGCUGGAGUGAAGUUCGAUCCGAAUGAUCAAGAGAUACUGCAUCAUUUGGAAGCAAAGAUUCUGUUUGAUGUGCCCAAGCUCCAUCCUCUUAUUGAUGAGUUCAUACCAACGCUUGAAGGAGAAAACGGAAUCUGUUACACCCAUCCAGAAAAGUUACCAGGUGUAAGAAAAGAUGGACAGAUUCGGCACUUCUUUCACAGGCCAUCAAAAGCAUACACAACAGGCACAAGGAAAAGAAGAAAGGUUCAAACAGAAGAAGAAGGAAGUGAGACAAGAUGGCACAAAACAGGAAAAACUAGACCGGUUUUCAUCGGUGGUGUCAUCAAAGGUUUCAAAAAGAUACUAGUACUCUACACUAACUAUGGAAGGCAAAAGAAGCCUGAGAAGACUAAUUGGGUGAUGCAUCAAUAUCAUCUUGGUAGUAAUGAAGAAGAGAAAGAUGGUGAGCUAGUUGUUUCAAAGGUCUUUUACCAAACUCAACCUCGACAGUGUGGUGCUAAUAAUAGUUCCAAUAUUAUUAUAAAGGAUGCUUAUGAAAAUAGACUGAUGAUGACUCAAGGAAAUGUCCAAGAUGAUAAUGAAGCUCCUUCUAUGGAUUACUACAAUUCUCCUUUCAUAAACUAUGACCAUGUUGGUCAUAAUUUGGAACCUCAGCUUAUUCCAAACUUGGUUAUGCAAGGUGAUGGUUCUUCUUUUAUUCGAUUAGCAAUGGAUGCAAACAAAGCAAGGUUGGAUAGAAAUUAGCUAUGUCAUGAAAAAAUUCUUGGUAGAGGAUUAUUAAUGUAUAGUGGUGACAAUGACUACAUAGAUGUUGAUGGUUUUUAUUAUUAUUGUUGUUAUUAUAUAUAUAAUAUUAUAUUUAUUCUAUUUAAAA